AUGAAAGUUCAAAAAUACCUUUUACUAAUCUUAAUCUUAGCACAGAUUAUUACUGCUUAAUACAAUGUGACAACUUCUACUAACUCGGUUAACGGAUCUUGCUCUUGUAGUUGUACUUGUAAUCCUUCUAAUGGCAGCAACAAUAACAGUUAAAAUAGCAAUAACAAUGUGACGACUUCUACCAACACAGUUAAUGGGUCUUGCUCUUGCAAUUGUACUUGUAAUCCUUCUAACAAUAACAAUAAUAACAACAACAACAACAAUAACAACAACAACAAUAACAAUAACAAUAACAAUAACAAUAACAAUAAUAGUACUAAUACUAAUAAUAAUAGCAAUAAUAACAGUACUAAUAAUAACAACAACAGUAACAACAAUAAUAAUGGUAAUUCCACAAAUACUAAUUCAUCUACAUUCAAAAAAAUUGCCUAUGUAGAUACAAUGGUAAGCUGGUAUGGACCAUCUAUUAUUACAAAUAGUUUUGGUUUGAAUUCUUGUUACGAUGUAAUCAUCCUUUCUUUCUGGCUCACUACUGGAAGUGCUGAUGCUGUUAAUAUAUAUGAAAAUAUUUAUGCUAAUCUUGGAACUGACUAAUAUGGUAAAUCUAACUAAGAAGUCUAAAAGAACAUAGCCAACCUUUUCCAUUAAAAAGGAAAAUAACUCUUUGUUGCUGCUUUUGGCUCUACCGAUAUGCCAACUUCAAAAGACCCUGUAGCAGUUGCUAACUCUUUAGCUGAUUGGGUCAAAUAGAAUCCUUAUAUAGACGGUAUUGAUAUCGAUUAUGAAGAUAAUGCUGCUGUUUUAAAUGGUUCAGGUAUUACUUGGUUGAUAGCAUUCUAAAAGUAACUUAGAGCUAGAAUUGGAAACAAUUACAUUAUAACUCAUGCUCCUUAAGCUCCUUACUUCUCAAGAACUUACUAUAAUGAUGGAGGUUAUUACAAGCUCGAUCAAUAAGUUGGUAAUCUUAUUAAUUGGUAUAAUGUGUAAUUCUAUAACCAAGGAGACAACUCAUAUGAUUCUUUAACAAAACUUUUUGUUUAAAGUGGCACACCAUUUGUCGGAACUUCUUAUUCUGAAAUCAUUAAAAACGAUGGAAUUCCUAUUUCUAAAUUAUAUCUUGGUAAACCCGCUACCACUGCUGAUUUAUCAAACACAGGUUAUAUUGAUCCCUCUAAAUUAGGUUCUCUAGUUAGUUAAGCAUAAAAAACCUUAGGAUUAAAUGUUCCUGGUUUCUUUAUAUGGUAAUUGAAGAACGACGGUAAUUGCAAUUUCGGUAAUAAUUUCUUAAGUGGUUAUAAUGGUAGUUCUAAUUCUACAAAUAACAAUAACAACAAUAAUAAUAACAACAACAACAAUAAUAACAACAACAACAAUAACAAUAACAACAAUAAUAAUAAUAAUAACAACAAUAACAGUACUAAUAAUAAUAACAACAAUAAUAACAAUAGUACUAAUAAUAACAAUAACACUACUCCAGGUAACACUACAACUAAUGGUAAGAUAUUAAGUAUCGCCUACAUGGAUACUAUAACUGCUUGGUGGGGUCCUUCUGUUAUUUAAUAGUUUAAUACUUGUUAUGAUAUCCUAAUUCUCUCUUUCUGGUUAUCAACUGGUCCUGCUGAUUCUGUAUUGUUAUAUCAAAAUAUCUACAGUUACUUAGGUACUGAUUAAUUUGGUAAGAAUAAUUAAGAAGUCUAAUAAUACCUUCACAAUUAAUUUGCUAGCCAAGGAAAGAAGCUUUUUAUCAGUGCUUUUGGUAGCACAGAUUUCCCUACUACUAAAGACCCAUCUUAGGUAGCUACUGAUUUAGCUAAUUUUGUGAAUGGAUUACCCUAUUUAGAUGGUAUAGAUAUUGACUACGAAGAUAAUAAUGCUAUUGUUGAUGGCACAGGAGUAACAUGGUUAAUCACUUUCACUAAGGUACUUAGAUAAAAACUCACAAACAAGAAUUUGAUUUUGACUCAUGCUCCUUAAGCUCCAUAUUUCUCUCGUCAAUAUUAUACCUCUGGCGCUUAUUAUAAGAUUGAUUAAGAAGUAGGUAAUUUAAUCAAUUGGUACAAUAUUUAGUUCUACAAUUAAGGAGACAACACAUAUGAUAACUACUAGAAGUUAUUUAUCUAAAGUGGAUAAUAUUUCUUUGGUACUUCAUAUCAAGAAAUAAUCCAAUUAGAUGGCAUUCCUUUAAGCAAGCUUGUUUUAGGUAAACCCGCUUCAACUGCUGAUGCUAUGAAUACAGGUUAUAUUGAUCCUAAAUAACUUGGUUAGCUUGUUAAAUAAGCUAAAAAUUAACUUAACUAUACUAUCCCUGGCUUCUUCAUAUGGUAAGUAUCCAAUGAUAAGGCAUGUAACUACAAGAAUUAAUUCUUCGCUGGUUAUAACUCUUGA